UAGAUAGGCAAGAUGCUUACCAUUGUAAUAAGGCUGUCUGAUCUUGCAAGAUCCCAAUCCAGAGGUGAUGUGACUUGCAAAUCAGGGAGUGGGUGUCAUUUGCAAAUUCCCUGCAGCAGGGCAGGAUGCUGUUGGGAUGUGCAAUGUGAUUAUGUGACUUGUGUGAAGGUAUAAAAGGAGCCUUCCAUCCCCCGCCGCCCAUCAGCUUGCCUUUCCUCCUUCAAUCCCCCGCAACAAUUGCCUGCUGUGGUAACAGGUCAUGAUUUCAGCCUGCCAUUUUGUGUGUAAAUUACUGGGUUUGAAUGUGAGUUCAGACCAAGAACAGAUGUGAACUUCAAGGCCAGUAGCUGUUCUGGAGGGACCUCAUGUUACAUGAUUUUUUUUUUCUAGAGUACAAGAGCCUGUACUUACAAGUACUUACCUAAUACUGACAAGAGUCAGUAAGCCUGAGCUUAGUGGGAUCCGUUAUCAAGGAGAUUAAAUAAUACCAAAACCAGUGUCAUUUUACUUUAGGCUGAAGGUCUGUGUCUGCUCUUCAGAAAUAGCUUUUUCAGAGGAGCUGGGUACAGACUGUACCUGCAUGCUGGCGUGCAGUACUCAGCAUUGCUUACAUUGCCUCUGCAAUUGUGUCUGAGAGAUGAAUAACAGCUUUUCACUAAUGGGUCUCAUGUCAACAGGGGUGAUUUAGCAAGGAAGACUGCAGUGCAUUAGUUGCCAUGAUUCAGACUCACUCAGCCUUGUACUGAUGGUUUAUUGGUUUAUAAAUUAAACUGCAGAAGCUGCAUCCAGAUGGUGCUGGCAUGCUGAGGAUCCUGAAAGGGGCUCUUCCUGUCAGCGUCUCUCAGAAAUCUUUAAGUUACUGCCUGAGGAGUCAGGGCAUGCAGGUUUAGCCCCAGGUCUUACAGCAGUGACUCCAGCCAAGCUGCCCUGGUGCCUGUCAAAAUCAUGGCAUGACUCUGAGGAGGAAUUGAGGCUUUUGUGGCAUGUGCCAAAAGCUCACCAGUGGUCUGUGCCUGUUCCUGUGGCAUCCCGCAUCCUCAUUUUCCGAGCAGGGAGCAAGUCCCUCAAGCUUCACACAGGCAAUAGAAUGCUGUCCGUGAGAUGUUGGGGAGUGAUGCUGGCCACUGCUGUGUUGGAAGGAUCUGUGCUCCUCUCAUUGUGGGGAGGAGAGAGGCAGCAGGGACUAGGGUAGGGAUUUGUGGAUCUGUGCUGGUCCGGCAGUUAACUUUGAAAAGUUCUUUAGUAAUGACAAACAUGUUUUCUAUGCAGAUAACUCUGGUCUCCCUGAGACCAGCUGGGCCCUUUUAAUCGCAGGGCUCUUGCGCAGAAAUUCAGCGCCUGCCCCUACAUGGUCCUGCAGUAAAGUGUUUUUUCUCAGGUCCUUUCAAGGUUCAGCCCCAGCCUGCUCAAAGAUGGUGCUGGUGCUGGUGUGUGUCUAGUGGAGGAUAGAGCAGAGAGUUUACCUGUGUGGGGUAGGAGCUUCAACUUGCUUUGAAUAGGUUGUGUUUGAACCAUGGGAGCUAUUUAGAAAGAGCCUAAGGAGCAAGAUAAUUCAAAUCUAAGGCUAAAAUGUCUCAGAUGGUAUCCAGCUACUUUGUUUUUCCUAUUCACUAAAGACACACAGGGCAGGUAUAGCAGCUCAGCUCCUGCUUACAUGUCUGCAGUAAGUGUUCCUGUAUGGAAGAGCAGAGCCAGGAAGGAUUUUCUGUACUGAAGAUACCGAUACUACAGCAACUGUGGACAUUUCAGAUUUUAUGCUGGUAAAAAUGCUGCUUAGCCCUGCAACAGCGACAGUGCUGCUGGACCCCUUCCUUCACCCGCAUUUGGAGUGACUUGUGGUUUCCUAGCUGCAGCUCAUCUCUGUAGCUGGGUGCAAGCUCUCUAAUGAAGUGGUGGCUGGUUCCUGUGGCAGAGGCAGAGUCACAGCAGGAUGUGUGAAGGGCCGUCCAGGAUUUGUGGACCCAUUCCUCCAGACCCUACACUCUUUCCAAACUAUUACAAAUGCCCCUUCUCAGCUCGAGGGAGGCUGGAAGGGAAUGCUCUGAAGCUGGAUUUUACCUCUGACCCUCUGGAUCCAGUUCCUAACCCACACAGUGCCCGCCAGGUCCAACCAGCCCCUCACAUUCGCCCCAGUGGAAGGGACUUCCUGGAGAAGGGACAGAAGGGGACGCUCAGUCUCUUACUGCAGCUUGAAGGGCUCUCCCUUGACGGGAGGCUGCCAGUCGAGAGGAAAGAGUCCAAGGAUCAUGGGAAGGAAAACGUAAGGCGAAUAAAGGAGAUUCAGAAGAAGUACAAAGAGAAGGAGCGAGCCCGAGAGCACAGCAAGCCCAAGCCUGUGAAAGCUCUCUGGAAAUCCCAGAAAUAUGAAAACGUGGAGUCAAAGGUGAAGGCCAAACUCCAGGAGAGCUCCCCACCUCCAAAUCCAGAGGCUCUGAAAUUCCUGAGGGCAUAUUCUCGCUGUGGCCCUGGGAUCAAGCCGUGCAGACUGCUCUUCCCAGAGCCUGCCAGAAUGAAAGCAGGAGCAGACACAGAGGAUCCAGAGGCACUGGGUGUUGAAAUCAAGAUGCAGGUGGAGGGCAGGAGCAUCGACUUCAUUAAGCACAAUGCCCGCAGUGCCAAGCGGGCCCUGCUGCGGCGGUCCCUGUCCGAACAGGCGCUGGCCGAGCUGCUGCAACAGAAGCACCAGGAGCAGGAGGACUACAACACCAAACAAAAGGGCCAUGUCCCCCAGUACCUGCUGGAGAGGAAGGAGCUGUGGCGCAGAGAGAUGGAGGAGCAGCUGCGAAACCUGCCAGAUCCCAACAUGCCACCUGGUCAUACCAUGAUGCCGGAGGACCAGCGGCUGGAGACCCUCAGCAGUCUGAAGCAGAGCCAGGAGCAGCUGGUAAAGGACCUGGUGAUGCUGCCAGUGAGGGCAGACACCCUCAGCAUGCAGAAGAGGCGGGUGGAGCUGGAGAGGAAGCUCUCCCAGAUAGAAGAGGCCAUCAAAAUUUUCUCAAGGCCCAAGGUCUUCAUCAAGCUGGACUCUUGAGCUGGGGUAGGGUUAGGGCCCAUGCAGGUGCCGAUGCAGUGUCCAGUGUGCAGCCAGCUUCUCUUGCUCAUGCUCCAGUGCUGUGUCUGUCCACGGGAAAGGGAGGGAGAAGUCCUAAUAUACUCUCUGUGGUCUGGAGAA